CUUAGAAAUUGGGAAUAUGGUGUAUGUUAUAUAUAGCCAUCCAGUUUAAUAUCAAGUUAAUAUCAAGUUAGCUGGAAUCUGGAUUGCUGCAAAGAUGUAGGCCAAUGGCCAAUAACAAAAAAGGUGGAGGGGAAUUUACAAUUUUAUUUUUUCUUGAAUCGCUAAAUCGCAAGUGUAAUCGCAAAAUGAUCGCAAAUCGCAAGUAAGUAAAAUUCAAUGGCUACAGAACGUUCUAAAAAAGAUCUCCAACGAAAUUCAGCACUUAGAAAAUGUUUUCAAGCACUUGUAGAUCGAAAGCAAGUAAAUAUAACUAUGGAUACUAUAAAAUUAAUGUUAAAACACGAACUCCAAAUAAACUUGGAUGCUUUCGAUGAAAAUCUACAAAACGUUUUACCAUUUAUGCUUAUUGUGAACAUUCGUAACUGGCCAGGUUGGCAAAAAAGUAAGGAAUAUUAUAGUGGAAAAUUAAAUUUUCGUGAAUGGUUCCUUAAAUUUCGACAAUAUAUUAUUCUCAGAUUGAGCUUCAUAAUAAAGAAUGGAUAUAAAGAAGUGAUGGAUGAAAUUCAUAGAGAACAGCCAGAAGAAAAAAAUAAGUCUUUAAUUGAAAGAGGUACCCAGACUGAUCACUUAACACCAAAAGAAGAGGCACCUUUUUGUAUAACUAUAGAGUGUUCACCAAAAAUAUUGAGUUCACUAGUUUUUAUUGACAGAGCAGGUGAUAUAAUCCUAAGCCACCACACAGACAAUCAAAAAGUGGUACCCUCUUUUAGACAACUUAUAAAUUGGCCUCAUGUAGGCGUUUUCUUUAUGAGUGCUGACUUGUCUUUUAAAAGAUUUAAUCGGCCUGAAGUUUGCAGAUUUUUAAAUCUCGGCUUUAAUAGGAUUAAAUUAGAUAAAUCAAAUUUCAUUGAGGACAUUAAGAUUGUUAAUCCUACUCUUCCUCAAAAGAGUUACAGCCUCACUUUACUCUGGGCCUAUACUUAUCAGUUAAUGGAAUUACUAAGACAGUUUGAAAAAGACAUAAAUUCUAAACAUCUCGACCAUAUAGAAAUUGUGUUAGAAGAAUUUUUUAAAGACGUCUACGAAUGGGAAUUAAAUAAUUCGGUUGCUUCAAAUACUUCAGUACUUUUUAACAUUGGACAUUCUAGUUUUAUAAGAAGCAAAAGAGCGAUGAUGGAAAAGAAUACCUUCCACAGAGGUAUAUCACCUGAAAUAAUAUAUUCUGAGACAUUCGUCCCAAAAAUGGAGACUGAACUGACCUAUUUCACAGAUACCCAAACACCUUCAACAAGUGAUAUCUCGUUUGUUUUUCUCGACACCUUAAAAAAGGAACUAGAAGCAGGAACUGUGGAUCCUAAAAUUAAAGUUCCUAGACUCACAUAUAGCUGCCUUUUUUGUCAUAUUACGUUUAAUAAUGAUGUAGAUAUAUUGCAGCAUAUAAUAUCGGAACAUGAUUCAGAACCAAAUCUAGUUUGUCAGAAGUGUCAAAAGCCUUCUAAUAUGAAUUCGUUAGCGAGAGUUAGGUGGAAACAUGUUUGUGGUAAAAAGAAUUAGUAGUUUAAGCUGAAGAUUAAAUAAUUGUAGGAAAAAGAACUAAUACUAUUUUAUUGUAAAAUAGAUUAUUACUUAAGUAAAAAAUACAUAAAUGGAGCUAACUGCUAAACCUGAGCCAAUUUUAAUAAAUUAUAACCAU